GUUGGAAGGGGACCUGAAUGGUGCGGCAUCUGAGGGUCUCCUGGGCUCUCAGCGGCCCGACCCGCCUUCCCCCACCUCCCACAGCUCUGUCGCUUCCUAGCGGUAUAACGUUGGGAAAGGAGGCUGUUCCUGGACUAUUUCUGACCUGUUUUUUAAGAAAGAGUGCAUCACUCAACAGGUGGCGUCUGGAGUUAUCCUCUGUGGAUUUUCCAGGAUCUCAGACAAGAUCGUGCAAUCUCCCAGCCUCCUUUCCUUCCCCUGCCCUGACUUCUGAAAGAAUGCUGCGGAGAGGAGGAAGGAGAGCAUCUUGGCUCCUGGCAGCAGAGCCCCACUGUGACAGGACCUAGCAUUCACCUUUCUCUUCUGUUCCGAGUGCGAGAAGACUUCAGGGACCUCUGUUUCAUGGACAUUAUCAUAUUCUUCUCAGAGUACCCAGCAAGAGGCUUGCAAAGAGGAGUUAUUCAGUGAACUUGGCAGUUCUCCAGAAGGAGGAGGACAAAAUGACGAAGUCUAAGGAGCCAGUGACAUUCAAGGACGUGGCUGUGGUCUUCUCUGAGGAGGAGCUGCGACUGCUGGACCUUGCCCAGAGGAAGCUGUACCGAGAUGUGAUGCUGGAGAACUUCAGGAAUGUGGUCUCAGUGGGGCAUCAGUCCACACCAGAUGGUCUACCCCAGUUAGAGAGAGAAGAAAAGCUGCGGAUGAUGAAGAUGGCAACCCAGAGAGAUAACUCCUCAGGAGGCAAGAAUCUAAAAGAGAUGGAGACUCUCCAAGAAGUAGGAUUAAGGUACCUGCCUCAUGAAGAGCUUUUCUGCUCCCAGAUCUGGCAACAGGUUACAAGAGAGUUAACCAAGUAUCAAGAUUCUGUGGUAAAUAUUCAAAGAACAGGCUGUCAUUUGGAAAAACAAGAUGAUUUGCACUAUAAAGAUGACGGUUUCAGUAAUCAGAGUUCUCAUCAAGUUCACCACAGAGUCCACACUGGUGAAAAACCCUACAAAGGAGAACAGUGUAUGAAAAGUUUCAGCUGGAGCCCUCAUCUUCAAAUUAACCGAAGGGCUCAUGCAGGAGAGAAGCCCUACAAAUGUGAAAAAUGUGAUAAUGCCUUCUGUCGAUUUUCAAGUCUUCAAGCCCAUCAGAGAGUCCACAGUAGGGCAAAAUCAUACACAGAUGAUGCAACUUAUAGGAGUUUUAGCCAGAGGUCACAUCUUCACCAUCAUCAGAGAGUUCCCCAUGGAGAGAAUCCGUACAAAUAUGAAGAGUGUGGGAGGAAUGUUGGGAAAAGCGCACAUUGUCAAGCUCCUCUGAUAGUUCAUAUGGGAGAGAAAUCCUAUAAAUGUGAGGAGUGCGGGGUCAGCUUUAGUCAGAGAUCAUAUCUUCAAGUUCAUCUGAAAGUUCACGCUGGAAAGAAACCGUAUAAGUGUGAAGAGUGUGGGAAGAGCUUCAGUUGGCGUUCACGACUGCAGGCUCAUGAGCGAAUCCACACUGGCGAGAAACCAUACAAAUGCAAUGCGUGUGGCAAGAGCUUCAGUUACAGCUCACACCUUAACAUUCAUUGUAGAAUCCACACAGGAGAGAAACCCUAUAAGUGUGAGGAAUGUGGGAAAGGUUUCAGUGUGGGUUCACACCUUCAGGCCCAUCAGAUAAGCCACACUGGAGAGAAGCCAUACAAAUGUGAGGAGUGUGGGAAAGGCUUCUGCAGGGCCUCAAAUCUUCUGGACCAUCAAAGAGGCCAUACUGGAGAGAAACCGUAUCAGUGUGAUGCAUGUGGUAAGGGCUUCAGUCGUAGCUCAGAUUUUAACAUUCAUUUUAGAGUCCAUACAGGGGAAAAACCCUAUAAAUGUGAGGAGUGUGGCAAAGGCUUCAGCCAGGCCUCAAAUCUUCUGGCCCAUCAACGAGGCCACACUGGAGAGAAACCCUACAAAUGUGGUACAUGUGGGAAGGGCUUCAGUCGGAGCUCAGAUCUGAACGUACACUGUAGAAUCCACACAGGAGAGAAACCCUAUAAAUGCGAGAAGUGUGGUAAGGCCUUCAGUCAGUUCUCCAGCCUUCAGGUGCAUCAGAGAGUUCACACUGGAGAGAAACCAUAUCAGUGUGCAGAGUGUGGGAAGGGCUUCAGUGUAGGUUCACAGCUUCAAGCCCAUCAGAGGUGCCACACUGGAGAGAAACCCUAUCAAUGUGAGGAGUGUGGGAAGGGCUUCUGUCGGGCCUCAAAUUUUCUGGCACAUCGUGGAGUCCACACGGGAGAAAAACCAUACCGAUGUGAUGUGUGUGGUAAGCGCUUCAGACAGAGAUCCUACCUUCAAGCCCACCAGAGGGUCCACACAGGAGAGAGACCAUACAAAUGUGAGGAAUGUGGGAAAGUCUUCAGCUGGAGCUCAUACCUUCAAGCCCAUCAGAGAGUUCACACUGGAGAAAAACCAUACAAAUGUGAGGAGUGUGGGAAGGGCUUCAGUUGGAGCUCAAGUCUUAUCAUUCAUCAGCGAGUCCAUGCUGAUGAUGAGGGUGACAAGGACUUUCCUUCAUCAGAGGAUUCACACAGGAAAACUCGAUAAAAUAUGUUUUACUAUCUCAGAUGGGUGCUGAAAUAUUUUAAUAAUCAGAGCUAUCAUAGACAAAACAUUUGUUUUAUAGAGUCAGUAGUUCAGCCAAGUGAUUGGGAGACCACACAGCAGAGAAGCCUCACAAGAGUGGAGACAUGUGGACUGCAUUCAGAACACUGACCAUUAGCUGAUACAUGCAGACAAGAGAAUUAGGAAGGAUGAGUCUGAUCUGGAGUAAACCAGAAGUACUAAGAUGGAAAUGCUGAAUUCUAUUCCACUAGAAUAUAAGAUCCAAGAGGGUAGGGACUUUGUUGACUACCAAAUCUACUCUGCGUUUUCAGUGCCUAACACGUUGUAAUUUUUCAGUAAUGUUUGAAAUUACUGUCAUAUUUGAAAUUCAGUAAUAUUUGACAUUUUUAUCUCUAAAAGUUUCUCUAAAAUUGUACUCAGAAGAAGAAUUCUGCAAGGCUUGGAGGAUAUAUAAGUUAGUCAUAUGGCCUGAUUUUCCCAUUUUUGCAGAUCUCGUGGACGAGUGCUUAUCAAACUGAAGGUUGCAGCUUGUUAGUGGGUCCAGAAAUCAGUUUCUGGCUAGCAACUAGAAGUUUUGUAUGUUAACAGUACUUUAUUGAGGUGUAAUCUGCAUGCAGUAACAUGCACAAGUCUCAAGUUCAUGGCUUCCUGAAUUUUGACAAAUGCAAUCAUCACCAAGAUCAAUGUAUACAAUAUGUCCAUCAAACCAAAAAGUUUUCUUGUGCCCAUUUCCAGUCAA